CUUCCACCACCACCACUAUCUAUCUUCACUCUAUCUCCUAAAAUCAAGUCGGGUAGAGAGACCUUAACAAAACCUAUAUUCUUUCUUUUGAGCUCAGUAAAAGGAAAAGCUUCAUAAAUCGAGUUUGACAGAAAAGCCAAGAGAGAACCAAAUGGCUUCAACUUCUGCAAUUUCAAUGGCUAUGCCAAUUACUAACGCUGCCCAGAAGAGAGCGAGGUUGGCCGAAGCCUUUGCCAAGCCAUUGCCUUUGAGGCCUUCCAACAAGCCGAAUGCUUCGUCAAACUCCAGCGCCAAGUUCCAAGUGCGGGCUUCUUUGAAGGAGAAGGCAGUUGCAGGACUCGCUGCAACUGCACUGACGGCUUCCAUGGUGCUUCCCGAGGUGGCUGAAGCUGCUGGCCCUGGAGUUAGUCCUUCUCUCAAGAAUUUCUUGCUCAGCAUUGCCGCCGGUGGAGUAGUCGUCACUGCUAUCUUGGGUGCAGUUAUCGGCGUCGCCAAUUUCGAUCCCGUCAAGCGAACCUGAGCUGCGGGGAUCACAUUCCACCAAUUAUGUUAUCAUUUUCUUCCGUUGUCUUGUAGUGGUUGUUUCUGUGUUUUGUGUGUAAUAAUCAAUAUGCGGCUCCUGCUGUAAAUUCACCAGAAACUAUGAUAUAUUCAAUAUAAAGUUUCUAUUUGUCUCAAAA